UUUCGGUAUUGUGUUUGUACAUCCUAGUUAACACAUCCUCCCGACCUUGUGCUGCCAGGAGUUUACAGUUUUGAUUAAAAUAUCCCGGAGGUGAAACUGAGGAGAUGGAGGCUCAGGCUUCGGCGAACCAGCCUCCACCAAAGAAUGGGCCGCAGCAGACCCAACGGAGGAAUCCCAGGAGAAAGCAGCCGCAGCAUUCUGCUGAUAUAGUGUUCACGAAAGGGACAUCUAUCCAGACCGUGCCCUGUCUCAGCAAACAGUUGAAGGGGGUCACAGAGUGUGUCAUUGGUCUUCAGUAUGUGUGGGAGUACCGCAGCCCCAGUAAAUCUGUACCACCACAUUACCAGUGCAAACUCUGUGCCGUGUACCGCAUGCAGCAUGAUAUGGUUGCUCAUGUGAAAGGCUGGAAACACAGCUUCAGAUACUUGAAAAAGGUCCACCCUGACAAGGUCACCUGUGAAGAGGAAGAAGCCAUCAAAGACCCUGCUGUAAGGAAGACCAUUAAAGACAUUGCUGCUGAGGUGGAGAAAUCAGAGGGGAGGGGACAAAUCAAGGUUAUCCUGAAGGAGCCCUGUGAAGUACCUGCUUUCAAAGGACUCCGUUCUGCUACUCCCAAGGUUAUGCCUCCACCACCUCCAGGGAUGGGACUAAAGGGACCAUCCUUUGUUCCCAGGUUUUCUGACCCGAGGUUUCAAGGGGAGUUUCCUCCUCAGGUUGGUCCUCUCUCUGACUACCCAGUGGGAGAAUAUGGGGAGCCCGGUUUUGGAGGGUACUCGGCCAGGCAAGAUUUCCCUGAUCCUGGUAUGGAACGGAGACCUUUCCCAGAUGGUAUGGGCCAUCGCCCAGCUAGGAGUGGAGAUGGGUUUGGACCAGUUGGUGGAAGAGAUGGAUAUGGAAGGAGUGGACUGAUGGAGGAGAACCCAGGUAGAGUGUAUCCUGACCAGUACAGAGGCAGCCAAAUGGGGAGUGGCUUAAUGGACAGACCAAUGGACAAGCCACUGGACAGGCCAGGCUUAAUGGGAGCAGCUCCAGAAAGUAGCAACCUUCCUAAUACACUGCUCACUUACCUGGAUACUUUCCGGAUAGAGAAUGAGAAUGACGCACAGCUGGUGCUGAAGGUGACUCAGAAACUAACAGAUGUGCUAAUGGAGUACAGACUGAGAAGUGUAUCAGCGGGCUCUAGUCUGAACAGCUUAUCAAUGAGCUCUUCAAGUUUCUCCUCAACACCUUCCAGGUUGUCAAGCAGUAGUGACCGAUACUCAAGUAGUCUCUCAGGUCCAUCCAGGUACUCAGAUGUGCCACCCAGGUAUUAUAAAUGACAAUCAGAAGAUGACGUGACACCUCAGUCUUCUCAACUCUGUUCUGUGUGCAUCAGUUAUGACAUCCAAGAGUUAAAAACUUUGGUUUUUAUGCUUUUAGGCAGGUUUUUUUUUUUCUGUUGCUACCUAGUAUCAUUUUUGAAACGUUUUUUGACUUUAGAAUAUGGUAUGAUUUAUAAGUUGUAAAGUUUUACACAAAAUGUGCAUGUUUUGAGCAGCUUUAACUGAUCAUUUCAGUGUAUGACAAUUAUUCGUUUCCCAAGGUCCAGUUCUAUUAAAAGUCGUGU